AUGGGAAGUUGUUGCAGCUGCCAAGUUUCAACUGUGGACAAGUGUCAUGCUGUUGAAUAUAAUGAAUCUAACACAAAGGAUAUUGAAUUUACAUGUGAAAAUGGUGAGGCAAAGGUUAUAUUGAAUGGAUCUUCUAAGUAUGUAUCAAUGUAUAGCCAAAAGGGUACAAAAGGAACGAAUCAAGAUGCCAUGACAGUUUGGGAGGGUUUUGGUGGAGAAAAAGACACAAUUUUUUGUGGUGUGUUAGAUGGUCAUGGUCCUCUAGGGCACAAGUUUUCGAAACAUAUACGCGACAAUCUCCCCUCGAAACUCUCUACAACAAUCCAAAUGUCCCAACAAAAUGUCUCCAAAGACAAUGGUGAAAAAAAUACAGAAAAAACCACUUAUGGUGAUACAUGGGAAGAACAUUUUUUUAGUUCCUUCAAUGAAAUGGAUCAAGAUCUUGCCAAGAACGUUGACACAGAUGGAUUUAAUGGCGGUAGCACAGCUAUAACUUUAAUUAAAAAGGGUGACCAACUGAUAAUCGGCAAUUUAGGCGAUUCUCGCGCGGUUCUUUGCACAAAAGCAGACGACAAUCAUCGCGUUCCUGUACAACUUACGGUCGACUUGGUUCCUAAUGUUCCAAGUGAAGCUAAUAGAGUGAUUAAAUGUGGAGGUAGAGUUUUUCCAGCAAAAGAAGAUCCUGAUGUAAAUAGAAUCUGGAUGCCUGAAAGUGAUUGUCCAGGACUAGCUAUGACAAGAGCCUUUGGUGAUUUUUGCCUAAAAGAGUAUGGUCUCUCAUCAGUUCCUGAGAUGUUUUAUAGAAAACUUUCCAAGCAAGAUGAGUUCGUUGUUUUGGCCACCGAUGGGAUAUGGAAUGUGCUAUCAAACAAUGAAGUAAUAACCAUAGCUAGUUUGGCACCAAAGAGGUCAUUAGCAGCCAAAUAUAUAGUAAGACGUGCUGUUCAAGUUUGGAAACGAAAGUUUCCAUCUUACCAUAUUGAUGAUUGUUCAGCCAUAUGUUUGUUCUUCAAUGAUGAUCACUCGGUUAACAUGAAAGAGAAGAAAAGACAUCACCAUAAGAAUUUGCAUUAA